AAAAUGGCUCAAAUCGAUCCAAAACACGCUGUCCGGUGCCGCAUCGCACGCCCGCGCCGGCGAGAGGGUCAGGCCCCCGUCCCCGUGUGGGACCCAGCAGUCAGUGACAAGUACAAAACCCUCGCUCGCCUCCUCCUCUGCGUCGCGGCGCCAUCGUCUUCCCCCCGAGUCGGGGUACCUCUCGAAUUCGUUUCGCCGCCCGCCGCGCCCCGCGCCAUAGGAGAGACAGAGAGAGAGAGCUAAUCCCAAACCCUAGGUUCGCUCCUCCCCCGCCGCAUCAAUGUCGCUCUCGACGCUCCGCCUCCACCCGGUGCCGACCUCGGUGGCUCUGCUCCACCGCCGCCCCGCGAGCCCGCUCCACUGAUGAAUAUUGAGUAAUGAGUUCGCGUGUUCGUAAUCGAGCAGCGAUCGGCGACACCGCCCUCCCGCUUCCCUGCGGCGGCGACUCCGGCGACUUCGUUCCCAGCGGCGGCGACUCCGGUGUCUUCGUUCCCCGCGGCGGCGACUCCGGCGUCUUCGUUCCCCGCGGCGGCGACUCCGGCGUCUUCGUGAUUCCGGCGUCUUCGUCGGGCUGCCUUCCGUCUCUGUUGGCUUCCCCCGUCGUCACCCGCCGCUCCCACACACGAGCACGAAGGCCCAAGAGCGACGGCACCAACUCCCCCUUGCCCGACGGUGAUGACACCCUGGCCGACGACGCCAUCUCCACCCUGCCCGACACCGAGGCCACAAGCUCCGCACCGGCCACGCCGCAGAUUCCAGACAGCAACGCCGCCGCCUCUACCCUGUUUGAGCGAUUUGUGUACAUUUCUACAGGUGGAUCAUCCAUGUCGGGCACGGGCACAUCCACUUUGUUCCUGUUUCUCCAUGUUGUAUCUGCACUUCUUAUCACAGCUGUGAAGAAUCCCAGCAUCCGGAAGAAGGUUGCCGAUCAAGUUGGGCACCGAGUCCGAUUAUCUCCAUCUGUUCUUUCUGUUUUUGUUUUCUCCUCUGCCGCCAUUGCAUUCACGUAUGAUGCCAUUAAGUCCGGCAAGGAGCUCGAAGGUCUUGGUUCUUAUCUUCUUAAGAUUACCAAGACGGGGAAGUACAGUGGCUGCCACCAGAACAUCGACAAGAAGCAGGAACUUAACAAAGAGACCCCGUGAUCAAGGUGUGAAAAAGUAAGCAACAGAAAGGCUGUAUGGUUGGGACUUCAGGUUGGGCAAUACCAACGUAGGAGGAUCUCUAGUGCGAGAUGGUUGUCUGGAAAAUGUCAUCAAAUCAGUCAUGGAUCUAAGGAUGAUGCGGGCGAAGAACCAAGAGAGAGGCCACAAUCUUAAUUGCUCAAGUGUGAAGAUUAAUUUGUAUUGCUGCUCCAAUUAUGCAAAACUAAACAGCGUUAGUUUUGAGCAUUGAUCAUCGAACACGGCUAGUCACACAAUGGAGUUAAGCUAGUUGGAGGUGACUAAAACAAACUUCAGAUUUGGAAAUUGUCCAUGUGGGCAAAACUUAUCUAUCUAAUUAGCUUGCUAGGUCGCAGAUGCGAUGCACGCUUUAAGAUAGACUAGUCCAUGGUAAAACACUGACCAACUGGGAAAUAUUUUUAUGUGUCUUGGUCUUGCAGCAAAAUUUGUAUCCAAAUCCAUCAUGGGUCAAGCGAUCUGUCGACAAAACCAAUUACUCUUGGGCUAAACUUGGGCGGGCCGACACUCUAUUUUUUCCAGUUUAGCA